CAUCCGUGCGUUGUGAAACGACUGAUAAAGCGAGGCGUCUUGACAGUUACGAGUUCAACCCGUUUCCAUGCGACUACAGCACGCCUUGUGGCUGCGACGCAAAGGACCUUCGUUAUCACACCUUGUAGCUCGAACGCGCCUCUUGAUAUGCAAUUCGCAGCCUGUCUUCGGUGUUUCACUGCAUGUAUAGCAAAAAAGAGGGGCUUACGAAGGUGCUGCGCUAUGCGCAGCGGCAAGAACGCCUAGGCGUUCAACAUGUGUAGUAUGUUUUAAAGAAAAAUUGAGGCGUAGCAGAUGGGGGUAUAAGUGUGCACGCUUGACCUGUUUCGUACGUUAUUCUUUAUUCUUCUCUCGAGGUAUUCGCCGCCGUUAGAAGAUGGAAUUCCUGAUCACAUUUGCUUUUGUCGUGGUUAUCAGCCUUGCUUCAAGCGCACCUGUCGGAAACAACGUCACAGAAUUUCUUGACAGUGCAGAAGACGCAGCAAACAGCACCGCAGCUAACAAUGUGCCCGAAAUAACGAUCUUCAGAAUAGACAAACGGAGCGACAAGGAAAAGUUUCUUGAAGCAAUCAGAAGCGCGAGGAAACUGUGGAACGGCGACUACAUGUACCAGCGGGACAUUCGCAUUACCAGGGCGCAGUUGGAGCACAUCUACGGGGUGGACACCACUAAAGACGAGACGUUCUAUGCGUGGCCGAACGCAACGGUACCAUUCGUGAUCGGAAGAAAAGUUCGUGGCUUUGCGCGAGAAAUUCGCGACGCAAUGCGGCAGUGGGAACAAGAAACCUGCGUCCGCUUCAUUGAGAUAACACAGGAGGCCGGCAACAUAGACCACGUUCGCUUCGUGCAGUCUCGCUGGGCUUAUUCCUACCUGGGAAAGCAAGGAGGGUCACAGAAGGUUGGAAUACCUAGCAUCUAUUUUCCCGACACGCACUACGCUCACCUCCUCGGUCACGCCAUCGGCUUGCGCCACACGCAUGCCGACAGUAGCCGUGACACUUUCUACUUCGUGGCCUGGGACUCAGUACCGAACCGGUACCGGUACAACUUUGACCACGAGAGUCCCGCCUACGGAUCGCGUACCAAGAUAUCGGCCCUGGAGUCUGAGUUUGAGUUCGACUGGAGCUCCGUCAUGGCCGACGAGAGCGAGAGCGUAGAGGGCGACGUGGACUUCAUGUUACAAGAUCGAAGGGUGGUGUAUCCGGCGGACCCGUUCUACCUGUACCGUACGACGUCGACAGAACGCGCCUCUUUUCUUGAAUACAAGAAGGUCAAUCAACUCUACAAAUGCAACGAGAGAUGCCCGAACGCAAACAGCAGCCGAUGCCAGCACGGCGGCUACGUGGGACCCAAGUGCAGCUGCGUGUGCCCGCCCGGUGCAGUCGGCGAUCACUGCGAGCACAGGACGACCAAUGCCAAGGCCGGCAUCUGCGGAGAAGUGCUCCAAGAGAACAAGACCGUUCACUUCGUUUCGCGGCCUUCGAGUUACCAUUGCACGUGGUGGAUCAGGACAACUCCACCCACAGCGUCGGCACUUGUGACCUGUACUUCGAGCUCAGAAACCGCGACCUCUACAAAGGGGAGAGGUACUGCUGGUACGAGCUACCGCUGGAUGUACCCCUGUACGCGAAGGGGAGAGAUUUUCUCGUCGACUACUUCGGCUCCAAGGACGCGAACUUUAAUUUCACCCUCACAGCGUCAGUGUACACGUGAACAUGCGUCGACGCCUAAUGUCUGAAAACAGUGGACCUUUCUAAACAAGAAGGCGACGGACAUUUCUGUGCACUUCUUUAUUUAUUUUUCUCAUUUCCAAGAGCGUGAAGAUUUGUUGCAUUGUUGUUGUUCUUGUUGCUUUUUUUUUUUGUAUGGUACCAAAGAAAAAGAACUUCAACUCGCCCAGCAUCAACAACAAAGUUGUGCUUCACUGUGUGGCCUGAAUUACGUCCGCGGCGUAAAAUGCACCAGCGCACGCUGGCUCUCCAUCUCGUA